GAGCCCGAAGUCCCCACCCAUGAAGACGGGCCCACCAUGUUCUAUGGGACCCACUUCAUCAUGUCUCCACCCACUAAGAGCAAGUUGAGGCGGCAGGGCCAGCUGCUAUCCAGUGUGUUGUCCCGGACGCUGAGCUACAAGUACCGUGACCUGGACACUACCUUCGCCAACCUGGGUGCCAGUGACGACCCCGCGGAGCUCUCCACCCAGCUCUCAGCCCCCGGGGUCCUGAAGGUGUUCGGGGACAGUGUCUGCACAGGCACCCACUACAAGAGCGUCCUGGCCACCUGCACGUCCAGCGCCCAGGAGCUGGUGAAAGAGGCCCUGGAGCGCUACUCCCUGAGUCCCGAGUGCGCCAGCCAGUACGUCCUGUGUGAUGUGGUGGGCCAGGCGGGCGACUCCGGGCGGCCCUGGCAGGCUCAGUGCUUCCGCGUGUUCGGGGACAGUGAGAAGCCCCUCCUGAUCCAGGAAUUGUGGAAACCCCGGGAAGGCCUGUCCCGCAGGUUUGAGCUGAGAAAGCGGUCAGAUGUGGAAGAGCUGGCGGCCAAGGACGUUGACACUGUGACGGCAGGGAUAAACGCCCAAGCCCGGAGGCUGCAGCGGAGCCGCGCCAAGGGAACCCCAGCCCUGGCCUCGGGGGGCACCCAGAGCCCCCCUGCGCCCCAGCUACGCCGCUCGGCCAGUGAGACCAGCCUGAGCCCUGCCGCCACCCAGGAGCCCGGCCAGGACACCAUGCGCUACUCCCUCUACGAGUCGCCCCACCUGCUCCUUCUGCAGGGCUACAGCCAGCAGCACGACAGCCUGGUGUACGUGCUGAACCGGGAGCGGCACACGGUGGGCCAGAGGACCCCCUCCAGCAAGCCCAGCAUCAGCCUCUCGGCCCCCGACAUCCUGCCCCUGCACUGCACCCUCCGCCGGCACCACCCCGCGGGCCGCGAGCAGGCGGGGGGCCUGCUGGUCCUGGAGCCCAUCCCUGGGGCACCCAUUGCGGUCAAUUUCUCAGAGGUGGGGACCCGGACGGUGGUGCUGCGCCACGGGGACCUGCUGUCCCUGGGCCUCUACUACCUGCUGCUCUUCAAGGAGCCGGCGCAGGCCCGGCCCCUGCCCACCCAGGCGCUGGCCCGCCUCCGGGCCCUGCCCCACAGCUGCAGGAUGUGCGGAGCCCAGCUCCGUGCCCCGGGCGCCUCCCGGCCGCGGCAGCUGCACCUGGAGUUCGAGCCCGAGGUGGAGGACGCGCUGCUGCGGCGCAUCAUGACGCUGAUCGAGCCGGGCGGCGACGACCACAAGCUGACCCCUGCCUUCCUCCUCUGCCUCUGCAUCCAGCACUCGGCCACCCGCCUCCAGCCUGGCUCCUUUGGGCAGCUCCUGCUCAAGAUAGCGACAGCGAUCCGCGAGACAGUCUGGGAGAAAACCAAAGAACUAGCAGAGAAGCAGGCACACCUCCAGGACCCCGUGACCUCGGCCAGCUUCUCGCUGGGCAGCCUGCUGCCCGACCUGCAGCACAUCCUGCUGUGGAUGGCCAACGCCGUGGAGCUGCUCUACUUCAUCCAGCAGCGGAGCCCCGUCUACAUGCAGAGCCUGGAGCAGGGGCCGGACAUCGCAGGCUCAAAGGAGUCCCUGUUCUCCAGUGCGCUCUCGGCCAGCGAGGAGGCCAUGGCGGAGCUGGAGGAGGUCAUCCUGUACGCCUUCCAGCAGUGCGUGUACUACAUCUCCAAGUCCCUGUAUGUCUGCCUCCCGGCCCUCCUGGAAUGCCCCCCUUUCCACACGGAGCCCCGGGAGAGCUGGUGCCCGGCCUCCCAGCUGCCAGAGGAGCUGCGCCGUGUCGUGUCCGUCUACCAGGCUGCCCUGGACCUCCUGCAGCAGUGCCAGGUGCACCCCGAGAUCGUCUCCCAGGUGCUGGCCUACCUCUUCUUCUUCUCAAGCACUCUGCUCUUCAACCAGCUGCUGGACAAGGGCCCCUCUCUGAGUUGCUUCCACUGGCCCAGAGGCGUGCAGGCCUGUGCCCGCCUGCAGCAGCUCCUGGAGUGGACCAGGAGCGCUGGCUUUGGGGAGGCUGGGGAGCACUUCUUCCGGAAGCUUUCCUGCACACUCAACCUGCUGGCCACGCCCCGCGCCCAGCUCAUCCAGAUGAGCUGGGCAAGCCUGCAGGCCGAGUUCCCUGCCCUGAGCCCUGCGCAGCUGCACCGCCUCCUGACUCAGUACCAGCUGGCCUCGGCCAUGGGCCCCAUGAGCGCCUGGGAGCCGGGUGCCCAGGACCGCCCUGACGCCUUCAAGUCAGAGGACGUCCUGGAGUCCUAUGAGAACCCCCCGCCCAUCGUUCUGCCGAGCGAGGGCUUCCAGGUGGACUUGGAGGCGGACUGCCCGGACGACAGCAUCUACCAGCACCUUCUCUACCUGCGCCACUUCCUGUGGGGCCUGCGCAGCAAGUCCAGCCCCAGCGAUGGGACCCCCCAGCCCCAGGGCCUCAAGGGCCCGCACCACCCCACCCCUGAGGGGCACCCCGAGGGCCAGAGCUGCCCCCUGGCUCCCAGAGCCCCCAGCAGGGGAGCCCGUGAAGGCGGCCCAGUGCACCCUCUUCCUUCGGCUGGGGCUCCCCGGGCACAGGGUCCUCCAGGAGGGCAGCAGGGCCGUGGGAACCGCAAGGCCCCCCAGGCUGGAUCCCUGCACACAGACUCCUCCUGCCUGCUCACGCCUCCCAGCACCCCACUCGAGCCCACCGGCCCUGACUGGCCCAACCCUGGCGGCCCCUGCGGGAAAGCGCUUCUGGAAGGAAGGAGGAAUGGACCAGGUGGCUCCCCGGGGGCAACUCCAGAAGGAGACUGUGUGGCCCCUGAGGACGAGCUUCCUCCAGCCCCCUCCAGCCGCAGCUCCAGCACCGAUGACUUCUGCUAUGUGUUCCUGGUGGAGCUGGAGCGAGGCCCCUCCGGGCUGGGGAUGGGCCUGAUCGAUGGGAUGCACACGCCCCUGGGCACCCCCGGCCUCUACAUUCAGACCCUGCUCCCGGGCAGCCCUGCAGCGGCUGACGGCCGGCUGUCGCUGGGAGACCGCAUCCUGGAGGUGAACGGCAGCAGCCUGAUGGGCGUCGGCUACCUGAGAGCCGUGGACCUGAUCCGACACGGGGGGAAGAAGAUGCGGUUCCUCGUUGCCAAGUCUGACGUGGAAACAGCCAAGAAGAUCCGCUUCCGCUCGCCCCCUCCCUAGGGGCCUGGGAAGCCACACGCUGAUCCUGAGCGAGCUGGGGCGCCCCACCCUGUGGAUAAUGUACAUCUUAGUGUAUAUUUUAUUUAUAUGACAGAUAACACUAAGUUGUGAUGUUUGUUACAGAGCUUUUAUGUUUGAAGAUUUUAAUGGAGACGUAUAGAUUCAAUAAACUAUCUUUCAUAUCUUG